AUGGAGCCAGAAUCCAUAGAAAUCUGUCCUUAUAACCCACACCACCGAAUCCCACUCAGCAGAUUCCAGUACCACCUGGCGUCAUGCAGGAAGAAGAACCCCAAGAAAGCCAAAAAGAUGGCCAGCUGUAAGUACAACGCCUGCCACGUGGUCCCCAUCAGAAAGCUGGCUGAACAUGAAGCUACCUGUGUCAACAGAAGCUCCGUGGAGGAAGAGGACACUUUAGGCCCUCUGCAAGUCAGCCUCCCACAGCCGCAGAACGAGGACACACUACAGGUCCGUUGGCUUUCCAACCCUGAUAUUUGGAAUGUUGACGGUGCCAACUGUCACCCAAUGUUUGUCCUUAAGAGUUUUGUUCCUCAAAAACUUGUUUGUGAAAGUGACACCCAAGAGACACGGGGAGGAGACCAAUGCCCAGAAGAUCCUCAGACUAGGACCAGGAAGGCAAACUUCUAG